AUGCCCUGUCGUUUCACUCCUACAAAAUUCUUUUCUCCGGAAACACUCUCUCCGGUGCAUAACGCUUCAUAUUCAGUCAAAAUUCCACAAGCUAUAUCAAUUUCCUCUCCAGAUAGCCAAUUUUCCACCAGCUUAACAACUGAAGUUGACGACUCCAUCGCUGCCUUUUGGGACUACCAGUUUCUGUUCGUGUCACAGCGCUCAGAAACAAGCCAGCCCAUCACUCUUCGCGUCGUUGAAGGUUCAGUUCCCACCGACUUUCCUUCCGGCACGUACUAUCUUGCCGGUCCGGGUUUAUUCACCGACGAUCACGGUUCCACUGUGCACCCUCUUGACGGCCAUGGUUACCUGCGAGCGUUUGAUAUCAACGGCGUCACUGGUGAGGUCAAGUUCACGGCGAAGUACGUUAAAACGGAGGCACAAGAAGAGGAGCAUGAUCCCCACACUCGUUCGUGGAGGUUUACUCAUCGGGGUCCGUUUUCAGUGCUGAAAGGAGGAAAGAAAAUUGGUAAUACAAAGGUGAUGAAAAAUGUGGCUAACACGAGUGUUUUGAAGUGGGGGAGAAAGUUGCUGUGCUUUUGGGAAGGUGGGGACCCGUAUGAGAUUGAAUCUGGGACGCUGGAUACUGUGGGGAUGUUUGAUAUGAUCAACGGUUGUGAUUCUUUGCCGGACGGUGGUGAGAGAAGUGCUGAUGUAUGGGACGUAGCUGCGAUGAUGUUGAGGCCGAUUUUAUAUGGAGUGUUUAAAAUGCCACCUAAGCGGUUGUUGUCCCACUAUAAACUAGACGCUCAAAGGAAUAGACUUCUUACGGUGUCAUGCAACGCAGAAGAUAUGUUACUACCGCGUAGCAAUUUUACAUUUUAUGAAUUUGACCCAAAUUUCAAGUUAUUGAACAAGCAAGAAUUCAAUAUCCCCGAUCAUUUGUUGAUCCAUGACUGGGCAUUUACAGAUACUCAUUAUAUACUAUUCGCCAACAGAAUUAAGCUUGAUGUGGCAGGAUCAAUGACAGCAGUUUGUGGAUUAUCUCCAAUGAUAUCAGCUUUAUCAGUGAACCCCAGCAAGUGCACGAGUCCCAUUUACUUACUUCCUCGGUUUCCUGAUCAUGAAUCUGCCGGAGUUCGAGAUUGGAGAGUGCCUGUUGAAGCUCCUUCGCAGAUGUGGCUGUUGCAUAUCGGCAAUGCUUUUGAGAGAAAGGAUGCCGAUGGGAACUCAGAGAUUCAGAUACACGCUUGCUCUUGUUCCUAUCAAUGGUUUAAUUUCCAAAAGCUUUUCGGAUAUAACUGGAAAAAUGGUAAACUAGACCCUUCGAUUAUGAAUGUAAAACAAAGGGAUAAUGAAUUGUUGCCUCAUCUUGUUCAGGUUUCUAUCAACUUAGAUGCUAAUGGGAACAGCCAAAAAUGUAGAGUGGAGCCUUUGAAUAACUGGAGCAAGCCAUCAGAUUUCCCUGUUAUAAAUCCAGCAUUUUCUGGCAAAAAAAAUACGUUAAUUUAUGCGGCAACAUCUUCUGGCUCUCGCCAGGCGUUGCCACAUUUCCCAUUUGAUACGGUGGUGAAGCUGAAUGUUUCAACCAAUACUAACCGUACAUGGUCCACUGGUGCUCGAAGGUUUAUUGGGGAGCCUAUUUUUGUCCCCAGAGGUGUCGAAGAAGACGACGGUUAUAUUCUUGUGGUUGAGUAUGCUGUGUCAAUACAAAGAUGUUUUUUAGUUAUUCUGAACCCUAUGAAGAUUGGAGAAGUUGAUGGUGCGUUGAUAGCUAAACUCGAAGUCCCUAAGAAUUUCAAUUUUCCACUUGGAUUCCAUGGUUUUUGGGCCAACGUCUAG